AUGCCUACCAGUAAGAGAUCCACAGAAGAGAGCGGGCCUGAGGAGCCAAAGAAGCUCGAUACCCAAUAUAAGCACGAGGACAUCAAAAGAUUUUUCAAUCAACAGAUUUGGGAUGAUAAUUUUCAAAACCGUAUACAAGGGGAGGUUGCCGAUAGUCAACCAUACCGUUGGGGGACCAUAACGGAGUUAAUGGACGAUACUUUGUUAAGACAAGUACGUAAAGAAGUUUUGAAUGAAAUUGCAUUCACGAAAAAGGAAACGGAUAUUUAUAAGGUAUAUCAAUCAGGAGAUUUGGCGAAUUUAUCAGGAUUGAAUUGGGAUGAUUUAUCCAGAUUGCCCUCAUUAUAUAAGUUGAGGGCUGCGAUUUAUUCGGAAGAAUUCAGAGAUGUUAUUUCCAAAAUCACUGGAUGUGGGAAAUUAAGUGGUGUUAAGACGGAUAUGUCAAUUAAUACAUACACAAAAGGAUGCCAUUUAUUAACCCACGACGAUGUUAUUGGAUCAAGAAGAGUGAGUUUCAUCUUGUAUUUACCUGAUCCAAACAAGAAAUGGAAAUCACAUUAUGGGGGAGGAUUAAGAUUAUUCCCGGCAAUUGUUCCAAAUGUCCCCAAGACUGAUUUUGAUGUUAAGUUAGUACCUCAAUUCAAUCAGAUUGCAUUUUUCACUGUCCAACCAGGGUUAUCCUUCCAUGAUGUUGAAGAGGUGAGGGUUGAUAAACAAAGAUUAUCUAUCCAGGGAUGGUUUCAUAUUCCGCAACCGGGAGAAAAUGGUUAUAUUCCAGGAGAACAAGAGGAAACAGAAUCUAGAUCAACGUUGCAACAAUUACAGAGUAAAGAAUUACAAGAAUUUGAUUUCCCUAAACCAACCCGUAUUGACUUCCCUGUUGAAGAAUUGAAAAUCUAUGAACAAGACUUUAAAAAUGAUAGUACUUUUAGUAAAUACGAUAUCGAAUAUUUAUCAAAAUAUAUCAAUCCAUUAUAUUUGAAUGGGGCUAAUUUGAAGCAAUUGAAUGAAAUGUUUAUGAAUGAAUCAGUUGUUGAAAUAAAUGACAUUAUUAAACCCGAAUAUGCCAAUUUAUUAAAAGAAUCAAUUAUAAAGCAUGAAUUAGAGGAGAAAGUUCCUUCAAAUUCAAAAGAAGUUAAAGCCCCUUGGAAAACAGCCAUCCCACCACAUAAACAAAGAUAUCUUUAUAUGGAUGGGAAAUCAUCAUUUGAACCAACCGAAUCAAUGAUUAAACAUAUCAAUCAUGUUGGAACUCAAGAAUUACCAAAUUUCAAUUUAUUGAAAAAUACAACUAAUGAAACCACCGACCAAUUACUCUUGGAGUUAAACUCUUUCAUGAAAUCAAUCUCAUUCAAGAAAUGGUUGAUUUUAAUAACCAGUUUGAUACCAACCAGUGAUCAAAUCAUAACUCGUCGUUUUAGACCAGGCCAUGAUUUCAUCUUGGCUACCACCACUGAUAAAAAUUUAGCAAGAGAUGGUAAAGAUGAGUUAAACGUUUUAUUAGAAGCCACUCUUAAUUUAACUCCCACUGCUCAAGAUCCUAAAAACUGGGAAUCGGGCGAAUUUGGUGGAUACGAAUUAUGCAUGGCUUUAAAUAAAGACGAAGACGAUGAUGAUUUCGAAGACGAUGAUCCUGCAGUCUACAAAGCCAGCAGUGCUGACGACGACAGUGUCUUGUAUACUAGUCAAUGUAAAUGGAAUAGUUUAUGUUUGAUGUUGAGAGACCCUCUGGUGUUGAAGUUUGUUAAAUACGUCAGUAUCAAUGCAAAAGGCUCAAGAUGGGACGUCAGUGCCCAGUGGAACGUAAAGAGCUUUGACGAUGAAGUCGAUGAAGAUGAAAACAAUGACAACUGA